CAUGGCAGCUAAUGAAGUAGUAAUAAAAAACAGGGGUAUAUCUGUGACAAGUCAAAGUGGAAAGAAUAGUGAAGAUGCUAAGAAGGUAAUCUUUUCAAAGUUUGAUGGAAAUCUUUUUACUUCGGUCGACUCUUCGCUUCACGUUAUAGUACCAGAGACAGAAGAGACCGAAGAGAAAGAAUUUAAGAGGAAAGAAGGCGGAUGGGGAUGGGCAGUUGCCUUUGGAAGUUUUUUGAUGUUUGCCUCCUAUACAUCUUUUUUGAGAAUUUACCCAAUUUUAUAUGAAGAAAUUAGAGAAAGGUUUCAAUCGUCAGCUCAGAGUACGGCAUGGCUAUCGGCAACUCAUAACCUUAUUAGAUUUUCCUUGGGAAUUAUAGUUGCUGGCUUGUUGAAAAUGAUUUCGGCAAGGAAGCUAACUAUAAUUGGAACCUUUAUCUACUCUACUGGAAUAAUCGUCACUGCCUUCGCAUCGUGUCUGAAAGUAGUUUUUUUUGGUUUCAGUAUACUUGGAGCUGUUGGUGCUGCUCUAUUUCAAAUAUCUUCUCUCGUUACCGUAUCUGAAUACUUCGAUAAACAAAAAGGAAAAGCCAUGGCAAUUACUUUUUGUGGUCCACCAGUUGGCGGUAUUUUGGGAUCUCUUGUUAUUGCCAAACUGUUUGAUCGGUACUCAUUUUCUGGUACUCUAUUAAUUUUGGCUGGUAUCAGUCUAAAUGUUUGUAUCUCUGGUAUGUUAUUUCGACCAAAAGAACCAUUAGAUAAGGGAGAUAAAGAAACUCCUAUGGAAAAAAAAAGUCUUUUUCAUUCUUUUAAAGAUAUUGUAAAAAGCUCCAGCGUUGAUAUAAGCCUAUUUAAAGAUGUUCAAUUUACAUUAUUUCUGGUAUUCCUAUUCCUAGUGGAAAUCAUUAUGUCGGGAACUAAUUUAUUCAGCUAUGGAUUAGCUAAAGAAUUAAAUAUUGAGAGGUCAACGAUGGCUAAUUUAAUCUUAAUAACUUGUCCUCCUGAUGUUAUUACUAGACUUGUUGUUGGUUUCAUUAUGGAUAGAAAAUCCAUAAGAAGAUAUAGAACCUUACUUUACGUAUCUUUCGUUGGUUGUUCUGGAAUCUUACUUACUUUUAUGGGAUAUUCUACAAGUAGAAUCUACUUUUUUUCAAUCUUUAUUGCAAGAAGUCUAGUAAAUAGUAUGAUAUAUUCUCAAAUGGUCACAGUUACAACUGAUAAAGUUGAUCGAACCAAAGUCAAAGACGCUAUUGGCAUUUACAGAUUUACAAAUAGUUUUCCACUACUUAUUGGUCCUACCGUUGGAGGUAAAAUCAGAGAUAUUACUGGCACGUAUAGGUAUAAUUUUAUAAUAGGUGGUUACCUUUUAGUGAGCUAUGCAGCUAUUUAUGCAAUCAUUAACAUUACUUCAUUGAUAUUAAAUAAGAAAGGGAGAAAAGAAAAGGAGACUGAAGUUGUAAUGGAUGUUAAAGUCUAA